AAGCAAGAUGCCUAGGGGAGAGCAUUUCCUAGAUGGCAACUUUGGUAGAGGGAAGGGAUAUACUUCUCUUUCUGCAGAAGAGGCUACAGGUAUUGGAAUUCUAAUAGUUCUUCUUGCAGUUUUACUGAUUCUUGGCUGUUGGUGUUGUAAAAGGCACAGUGGUUAUACAAGGCUUUUGAGUAAGAAUUUUGGAUUGGCCUCCCUGACCACCUCCGAAGGCAGAAGCUCCCUCAGUGACUUCAAGCUGCCCUUGCGGGAAUACACCAGCAGCUAUAGUCAUGUGGUGCCAGAUGCCCCACCAGCCUAUGAUAAGAGCUCCAGCAGCCUGUUGCCACCACCCUAUGCACCAUAAGCAGGAGGAAUUAAUUAAGUUCUUGCUUACUUUAAGUAAUUUCUAGGAGCAUAUGGGAGAGAAAAUACAAGCUAAUAUGAAUAUUUUCAGAAAUACUUGCUUAAGAAAAUGUAACUGUCCUCUUUUGCAUGACAUGCC